AUGGACUCGGAGACAUCUUCAGCUCUUAUGGACCCCAAUAGGAUGGCACUUCUCAAGUCAGCAACUAAUCAUCAAGGCCAGUUGCUACAAGGAAAUUCAGGGAACAUGUCUGCAGCAUUGCAGCAACUACAAGGACGGUCUCAGCUGGCAACUGAUGUUAAAGGGGAAAUGAACUUGGGUGGCACUCAGAAGUCUUUGCCCAUGGAUCCUUCAUCAAUUUACGGGCAAGCAAUUCUUCAGUCAAAGGCUGGACUUGGUGCAGGGUUGAACCAAGGUGUCACUGGUCUACCAUUGAAGGGUUGGCCUUUAACAGGAAUCGACCAGGUAAGGCCCAGCUUGGGUUUGCAAGUACAAAAGCCCAACUUACAGACCCAAAAUCAGUUUCUUUUGGCAUCACAACAACAACAGGUCCUAGCUCAAGCUCAAGCCCAAGGUAACCUUGGAAAUUCACCUAAUUAUGGGUUCGGUGGAUUACCUAGAGGAAACUUUAAUGCUAAAGAUGGUCAACCUCCAAGGAAUGAUGGAUCCAUUUGCUCUCCAGUACAAUCAAAUUCACCGAAGAUGAAAAUGUCCCAAAUGCAGCAAUCUUCCUCUCAACAACAGGACCAGUUGCAGCAGCAACAACAGCAGCAGCAACUGCAACAGAACAACAGAAAAAGGAAGCAACAUUCGUCUUCUGGACCUGCUAAUAGUACUGGCACGGGUAACACUGUUGGGCCUUCACCAAGCUCACCAGCAUCAACACAUACCCCAGGUGAUGGGAUGACUAGCGUGUCAAAAGGCUUGAUGAUGUAUGGAGGAGAGGGAGCUGGUGGUAUUGCAUCUUCUACGAAUCAGCUGGAUGACUUAGGGGAGACUUUUGGAGACAUUGGUUCUUUCGAAGAUAAUGUGGAAUCAUUCCUGUCAAAUGACGGGGGAGAUGGAAACAUCUAUGGCACAUUGAAGCAAACUCUUACUGAGCACAAGCCUGAUUCUUCAAAAGGUUUCUCCUUUGGUGAAGUUGGUUGUAUACGCACCAGAAAUAAAGUGACUUGCUGUCAUUUCUCAUCGGAUGGGAAGUUGCUUGCUAGUGCUGGGCACGACAAGAAGGCAGUUCUUUGGAACAUGGAUACUCUGCAAACACAGAACACCCCUGAGGAACAUCAAUACUUGAUUACAGAUGUCCGCUUCCGGCCUAAUUCUUCUCAACUUGCAACUGCUUCAUUUGACAAGUCUGUGAGAUUAUGGGAUGCUUCCAAUCCUAGCUAUUGUUUGCAAGCUUAUACAGGGCAUACUUUUCAUGUUAUGUCGCUUGAUUUUCACCCGAAGAAGAACGAUCUCUUCUGUUUUUGCGAUAGCAACAAUGAGAUUCGCUACUGGAGUGUUAGUCCAUUUUCAUGCACUCGGGUGUCCAAGCAAGGAGGCAGUGCACAAGUGAGGUUUCAGCCAAUGACCGGCCGUCUGUUGGCUGCUGCUUCAGAUAAGGUGGUUUCCAUCUUUGAUGUCGAAAAUGACCGGCAAAUUAAUUCCUUCCAGGGACAUCCUGGAGUGGUGAACUACCUGUGUUGGGAUCUAAAUGGUGAGUUAUUGGCAUCAGUUAGUGAGGAGUCUGUCAAAGUUUGGUCAUUGACCACCGGUGACUGCAUUCAUGAGCUAAGUGCUACCGGGAAUCAGUUCCACUCUUGUGUUUUUCAUCCUAGUUAUUCAGCUUUGUUGGUGAUCGGAGGAAUGAGGUCUUUGGAGCUGUGGGACAUGGUUGAGAAUAAAAGCAUGACAGUUCCAGCACAUGAUAACAUUAUCGCUGCUCUAGCACAAUCACCAGCGACUGGAAUGGUUGGUUCUGCAAGUCAUGACAGUUCGGUCAAGUUAUGGAAAUGAAGGAGAUAGGAUUCCAUAUCAAAGAUUUCAUCAUAAGAACAGUUGGCAUUUGCUUGUAUUUUAAGCAUGUAACAAAAAAUAUUUCUAGGCAUCUUUAUAGCUUGUUGUUUUUGAUAAAGAAUAACCAUGUUUGUGCUUGUUAUAGUAAAAUUAGAGAGAGGUUUGCGGUUGAGAAGCAAGUUGCACUGAGCCGUAAUUCUGUAGUGUUAAGAUAAUUUCUUCACCCUUAGGGUGAGUAUUUCCUCUUAAGAUACAACAAGCGUUGUGGUUAAUUGAAUGCGUAAAGUUCUUUCGUUU